AUGUUCGAUUCCAGAAAAGCAGCCUAUCAAUCUCUAUUAGUUCUAUCAGGUUAUGAUUUUUUUUGUAAAAUGAAAGUCAUAAAAUUCUCAUUUUGCAGCAACAUUUUCCAUUCUCUCAGUUAUUGUGAUAUUUUCCACGUUUCCCAUAUUCUACUUAUACUUUGAUCGUGUAAAACUGGAUAUUCGCAAUGAAAUGACAUUCUGCAAAGUGCUCAAAGUUUGAUUUUAUGCUAACAAGUAAAAAGUUGCAGAAGUCAGCAGAAAAAGUGUUUCAUUUUGUCAACGAAGUCGAAUACUAUGAUCCACGACGGCCACGGUUAUUGGAAUGA